AUGCCACGCUUUACCCCCUAUGUGAAGCUGCAACUACUGCUCCAUGUUUUCUUACCUGCAUUUGCAAACAUUAAGCAACGUUUCCUCGAACAUCGCAUGGAGACUGACAAGAUACUCCUUGGGUCCUGCCUUUCGGCACUCCUGGUACUGCUUGGCUGUAGUGAGGAACUUUCACAAGAGUUUUCAAGAAAGAAAGGCAUUGACCACAUCCGUGACUUGAUCUCAGAGUCGCCAUUUGUGCACAUCUGCUGUUCUCUCCUUGAAGUAACUGCUACCGUGGACAUUUGGCGUAUCAGUUGUGAGGCUGAAGGUGACAAACAUUCGGAUGUUGUGGAGCAUUUAAAAAGGCUGCCAAAUAUUGAGCUGCUUCAUCACUGUGCAGAGGAAACAGCUAAAAAGCUUCUUGUGCUGGUCAGUGCAGCUGACAGUUUAGCAGAGGUUGACGCAAUGUUGGGUGACUGCACUGUUUUCUGGCAUUCAGUGGUGGACCUUGCUGCAUAUUCACCAGCAUAUCGACAAUUGUUAAAACUAACUUGUGUGCCUAACAGUAAAAACUUCCUUGUAUCACUUCUAGCAGCAGGUGCUAAGAGUGAAACAAUGAACUACAAUAAUCCAUCACUCUUAGAGCUGCUUGAAGUUGUACUUGCACUAAAUAUCUUGUCUGCUCCAGAUGUCUCUGAAGUUGUGGAGAUACUGAAGGAACAGCUCAGUCAGUUUGCCAGUACUGAAGAUGAAAAUCGUUACCUCUGGCUCUGCAAGCUGGUAAUGGACAGUUCUGUAGCAGAAAGCUGCUCCCACCAUAUAAUGCCGCCACAUCGUAAAACAAAGAUGCUGUCUGAAGAGGAGGCUGAUGACGACGGAGAGAGUGCGGGUGCCAGCUCGAGCUAUGUGACAGCUGAUGAGGGCUAUGAGGCCGAUGUGGAGAUACCACUGCAGCCUGUCGGCAAUGCCUGUGCUAUUGAUGAUCCUCGUUGCUCCAGGAGGUAUGAAGUGGUGUGUGCACGUAGCCACAACAGCGAGCACCACCGCCGCUCACCUCGGCUGAUCGAACCCCAGCUCUGCAAACUGGCAGUAGAUAUACUUAUCCGCCUUCCAGAAGUACAGCAGAAAAGUAAAGAAGCAGUGGAAGUAUUGAAACAACUUGCAACAUUAUGCAGAGACUGUGCAGAAAACUGUGCACGGCUUGCAAAGAUUGGGAUGGUAUCAACAUUGCUGGAAGGCUUUGGUCUGAGUCUCAGGCGUAGAGAUGCUACUCUGAUAGGAAAUGACAUUGAUCAUGAUGGAGAGCAGCAGAGGCAGUUGUCAGAAGCAACUGGGGAAUGUUCGAUAAAGCACGGACAUUUUGUAGUGAAAGAAAUGGAUUCUAUCUUAUUAUCAUCAGUGACAGCAGAUUUCUAUGAAAAGGGUGUCCAGUGGCAUACCAGGUCACAAAAUUUAGAGGCAACAGUGUAG